AGGGCCCGAGACUGCAUCAUUCCGCACCGGCUGCAGCACGGCCAGAGGGAGCAGGUGGAGCGAGCGAGCGAGCCUGGAGCCGGAGCGCGCCAGACCCAGGGGGACUGCAGUGACGCGGCCGGGAGACAUGGCGGCCCCGCGCCUCUGAAAGACGGGAUCCGGAGCCCCUCGCCGCCCCGGGCCGCCGCAGCCCAGGCCAUGCCGCACCGCCGCUGACCGCACGCAGGGCCGGCCAGAGGACACAUGCCGCAGCAGCUGCCGCCUCGCCCCUGAGCCUCUCGCCUACAUUCUCCAUGUUGCAUUUCGCGUCAAUUUCUCGGGCAGUGUAGCUGCCUCGGCCCGCAGAGCCGUUAGGGUAUUGCUUUGCUCAUUCAUCCAGGCACACUUUUUCUUUUCCAUUUUUGCUUCCCCUCCCCAUUUGCUUCUCCCGUUCCCCGCCUGCUUUUGCAGCCAUCUCCCCCACCCGGUCACCCCCUUCUGCCUCCAUCCACCGGGGCUAUGGCCGCAGAAGAGGUAUUGCAGACGGUGGAUCAUUAUAAGACCGAGAUAGAGAGGCUGACCAAGGAGCUCACAGAGACGACCCACGAGAAGAUCCAAGCUGCCGAAUACGGGCUGGUGGUCCUGGAAGAGAAGCUGACCCUCAAACAGCAGUAUGACGAGCUGGAGGCUGAGUACGACAGCCUCAAACAGGAGCUGGAGCAGCUGAAAGAGGCAUUUGGGCAGUCCUUCUCCAUCCAUCGUAAAGUUGCCGAGGAUGGAGAGACCCGGGAGGAAACGCUUCUGCAGGAGUCUGCAUCGAAGGAAGCUUACUACCUGGGCAAGAUCUUGGAGAUGCAGAACGAACUGAAACAGAGCCGGGCUGUGGUCACUAAUGUCCAAGCAGAAAAUGAGAGGCUCACGGCCGUUGUGCAGGAUCUGAAGGAGAACAAUGAGAUGGUGGAGCUACAGAGAAUACGGAUGAAGGAUGAAAUUCGAGAAUAUAAAUUCCGGGAGGCUCGGCUCCUUCAGGACUACACUGAACUUGAAGAAGAGAAUAUCACUUUGCAGAAACUAGUAUCCACGUUAAAGCAGAAUCAGGUUGAAUACGAAGGCUUAAAGCAUGAGAUCAAGCGAUGAGAGGAGACAGUGCUGCUGAACAGCCAGCUGGAAGAUGCCAUCCGAUUGAAAGAGAUCGCUGAGCACCAGCUGGAAGAAGCGCUGGAGACGCUGAAAAAUGAAAGGGAGCAAAAGAACAACCUGCGCAAGGAGCUCUCCCAGUACAUCACCCUCAGCGAUAACCACAUCAGCAUCUCGGUAGAUGUCAAGUUUGCUGAGGACGGGAGUGAACCGAACAACGACGACAAAAUGAACGGGCACAUCCACGGACCGCUAGUGAAACUGAACGGAGACUACCGACACCCCCUUAAGGAAAGGAGAGUCCUGCACCCUGUCUCUGACUUAUUCAGUGAGUUGAACAUUUCGGAGAUUCAGAAGUUGAAGCAGCAGCUUAUGCAGGUAGAGCGUGAGAAGGCCAUUCUUCUGGCCAAUCUCCAGGAGUCACAGACACAGCUGGAACACACCAAGGGGGCGCUGACAGAGCAACACGAGCGGGUGCACCGGCUCACAGAGCAUGUCAAUGCCAUGAGGGGCUUGCAGAGCAGCAAGGAGCUCAAGGCGGAGCUGGACGGGGAGAAGGGCCGGGACUCAGGGGAGGAGGCCCAUGACUAUGAGGUAGACAUCAAUGGCUUAGAGAUCCUUGAAUGCAAAUACAGAGUGGCAGUGACUGAGGUGAUUGAUUUGAAAGCAGAAAUUAAGGCCUUAAAGGAGAAAUAUAAUAAAUCUGUGGAAAAUUAUACAGAAGAGAAGGCCAAGUAUGAGAGUAAGAUCCAAAUGUAUGAUGAGCAGGUGACAAGCCUUGAGAAGAACACCAAGGAAAGUGGUGAGAAGAUGGCCCACAUGGAGAAGGAGUUGCAAAAGAUGACCAGCAUAGCCAAUGAAAAUCACAAUACCCUUAAUACAGCCCAGGAUGAGCUGGUGACGUUUAGUGAGGAGCUAGCUCAGCUUUACCACCAUGUAUGUCUGUGUAAUAAUGAAACUCCCAACAGGGUCAUGCUGGACUACUACAGGCAAAGCAGAGUUACCCGCAGUGGCAGCCUGAAAGGCCCUGAUGAUCCCAGGGGACUUUUGUCUCCACGAUUGGCCAGACGGGGUGUGUCAUCCCCAGUAGAAACAAGGACCUCAUCUGAACCUGUUCCAAAAGAAAACACAGAGGCCAGCAAAGAACCAAGUCCAACUAAGACCCCCACGAUCUCUCCUGUUAUUACUGCCCCACCGUCAUCUCCAGUAUUGGAUACAAGUGAUAUCCGCAAAGAGCCAAUGAAUAUCUACAACCUUAAUGCCAUAAUCCGGGACCAAAUCAAGCAUCUGCAGAAAGCAGUGGACCGGUCCUUGCAACUGUCUCGUCAGAGAGCAGCGGCUCGGGAGUUGGCCCCCAUGAUUGAUAAAGACAAGGAGGCCUUAAUGGAAGAGAUCCUCAAGCUAAAGUCCCUGCUGAGCACUAAACGGGAACAGAUCGCCACAUUGAGGGCAGUGUUGAAAGCCAACAAACAGACAGCUGAGGUGGCCCUAGCUAAUCUGAAGAACAAAUAUGAGAAUGAGAAAGCAAUGGUGACAGAAACGAUGACGAAACUGAGGAACGAACUGAAGGCUUUGAAAGAAGAUGCAGCCACCUUCUCAUCCCUGAGAGCAAUGUUUGCAACAAGAUGUGAUGAAUAUGUCACACAGUUGGAUGAGAUGCAGAGACAGUUAGCAGCUGCAGAGGAUGAGAAGAAGACUCUAAACACUUUGUUACGAAUGGCAAUCCAGCAAAAACUCGCCCUGACCCAGCGGCUGGAGGACUUAGAGUUUGACCAUGAGCAGUCCCGACGCAGCAAAGGCAAACUUGGAAAGAGCAAGAUCGGCAGCCCUAAAGUAAGUGGGGAGGCAUCAGUCACCGUGCCCACCAUAGACACUUACCUCCUGCAUAGUCAGGGCCCACAGACACCCACCAUUCGGGUCAGCAGUGGCACUCAGAGGAAAAGACAAUUUUCACCUUCCCUUUGUGAUCAGAGCCGUCCCAGGACUUCAGGGGCUUCCUACCUACAGAAUUUAUUAAGAGUUCCCCCUGAUCCCACCUCCACAGAAUCAUUUCUUCUGAAGGGCCCCCCUUCCAUGAGUGAAUUCAUCCAAGGGCACCGGCUCAGCAAGGAAAAAAGGUUAACCGUGGCUCCACCAGCAAAAAGAGAUUGUCAGCAGCCUGCUGCCUCCGUACCGCCACAGUGCUCACAACUAGACGGGAGGCAAGACUGCCCAACUGUCAGUCCUGACGUAGCUCUCCCCGAGGAGCAGCCACAUUCCAGCUCGCAGUGCGCCCCUCUCCACUGUCUCUCCAAGCCUCCUUACCCCUAGUCUCCAGCUCCUGUGGAUGAACAUCUGGGCUGAAGGUUCUGUAGCCACUCGCAGAAUACUGCCCACGCUCCGGCGGGUGUGUUCUUCUCGGUGGUUAGCUGUACAUUCGGAUUAGUGUCCAUCAUCUUGGAAGAGGAGAGAAAGUUGAGAAGAAUGACAAAAAAGCACAGACCCUGGUGUGAUUAAAAGUUUUAUGGUUCCUCAGAGUCACUGAUAAACUUCUCCAAUCAAACGGCUACCGUUCAGUUAAAUUUCAAAAAUUACAAAGAAACAUGAAAUAUGUAUCUCAGAUGGCUGGCUUACCUCGAUAGCAUAAGAGAGACCUAAGACAAUGUAAAAUACGUAUAUUGUAAAAUCAUCUUUCCUCACGCUCCAAAUUCAGCUGUAGAAGUUGAUUCUGAUAUUUUUGGUCAUUGAUAUUUAUUUUGUACUUUAUUUGCUAUGUGAUUUAUGUCUAUAAAAAUAAUUUCUGUGAGAGGUGGAUUUAUUCAUUUAUUUCAAAUAAGCAUAGUUUGCUCAGUUAAGUAUGAGUUUUAAUUUAGUUUGAAAUCUGGAGCUGGCCAGACUGUGGUCAUUUUUCUUGCACAAAAUGAUAAAUGUGGUGCAUCAGAAUGUUAACAAUAACUGUAUUUUGCUGCUACACUGAUUAUUUAUGCACUUAUUUUCUAAUCAGUAGCUCAUUAACUGCUUUUUUUUUUAACUAGAUUUCUUCACUGGACGUUAUUAAGUAAACCUGAGAAAGAGACUGUUUUGAUUCAUUGACUUAUUCAAGUUUUGAUGGCAUCUUCAAUUUUUUAAAAUUGCAGUUGCGUAGAUGUACUGGUGCUGCUUCUUUGUACGUGUGUACGUUGUGAUGACAUUAUGGAAGGCUAAACAACCUGAAGGGAAAAAAUGGUGUGUUUAUUUAAUGACCGGAAUUUUUUUUUUUUUACUUCUUCCAAAUUCAGGGUCCUACUAUGAGUUUUUCCUCCUAAAAGGUAUCAAGAACAAAUGAGAAAAUAUAUACAUAGAGAGAUGCAAGGUCACUUUGGCUAGUUUAUUUACCAGAAAGUGUUCAGAUUUUGAUUAAAAUUGUAUGUUUUGUUGUUGUUAGGUUUUUUCAUAACGAAUCUUCCUUGCCAAAAAAAAAAAAAAUAGAUAAUAAAUCUUAGCUCACUGUCUACUUUUGACAAACACUCAGGUGCCUACAAUCAUUAUAUUAUAUUGAGAUAAGACAUGUUCCUAGUUAAUUUACAGAUUCUGCUAGGUAACUUUUAUGACUUGAUUUAAGGCAGUGGAUUUUCAUAGCAAAAUUUAUUUUGCACAUAAUCUGACAAACAAGGAAACAGCUAAUUGAGCUGAAAGGUCUAACACUAGGGCUCCUUAACUCUCAAGUGCUGCCCACACAACUGCUCCUAGCCCUGAUUCCUUGUCUUUGUCAGGUAGCCUUAACUUAUUUACAACCAUAAGGGUUUCACCUUUUCAUGUAACUUCUCUUCAGGACGGAUACGGUCCCACUGUUAACACGAAGGACAGUUCAUAGUCCAGGACACUAGCAGUGGAGGUUUAGGAGCCACUCAGCUUACAGAGUGGAAGUGGGUGACACAUUCAUAAAGGGGCCCAUCAGAGGCCCACUGGUCAGUCAUAAAGCACAUUGCAGGAGACUCUGUCAGUCAUUUGCCUGAUAAGUAGUGGUCAUUACCAAAGCAACCAAGAGGUUUUGUGUUCCUUGUGCAAGUGCUAUUUUCAACAGUCCUUUCUUAUGCAACUUGGAAUAAAUAGUUGAAAUCUUUACCAAAAGAGAGAUUCAGGUUCAAGUACAGAAACAAGCAAAGCAGAUCUUCACGAAAGCCCUCCUCACAGUAACCUAACAUGCUCGAUCCUGCCUGCAUUCCCUUGCUGUUUCUACAUGUAUCCCUCAUUUUGAUGGUGUUGCAUCUACCUCCACCAGGAUUAGUGAGGCAGUGUGGAUUUUAUUAGCGUUUGAUUCAAGAACGCUUGCCACACACACACACACACACACACACACACACAUACACACACAUACACUUUUUUGUUUUCUUUCCUUUUUCAAGCAUCAUGUGUUUGGACCUGAAAAGUGGCAUAGCUGCUAAGUUGACUUUGUGCCUGAGGGAAAACAUGCCUUUUUAACAAGUACCUCAGAACGUCUUUCUGUUUGCCUCAUGGAUUUUGUCUGGUGAGAUGGGAACUCAGCAGUCAGUCUUGCUUCUGUGUAACCACACGACUGUCCUGUUACCGGGGCUGUAUUUAUUCUUGUUCCCUUAUCUGGAUUUAGGUCCCAGUGAAAAGUGAGUCAUAUACAGAACAUUUAUUUCUUCCAGUAUGAAAUCUAUUAUAAACUAGUUUUAUUUCAGUUCUUUAUCUGAAUAGAGUGGAAAAUGCUUGUUUUGAAAAAUUAACUAUAAAAUACUAAUUUUAGUGGAAAUUUGUCAAGAAAAUUUAAAAACUGGGAAAUAAAUUUUUCACUUUCAGCACAAAAUUAGGUGGUAGUCCCUAAGCAGUAAGAGAGAAUACCAUGUAUUUACAGUGUGGCAUCAUUUAGUAUAGUUUAAAUUGAGCCAUAUUUAUAUUUAUUUAUAGGCAUUUUAAAUGAAUAAAUAUGUGUACUGUUGGUAAGAAUCAGUACCUGUAAAGAUAACAUCAGGAUCCAAAAGGAAAUUGAAAAAGUGAAGAACUAGUGAAAACCAUAAAGGAUGAACCUUAUUAAUUAAAGACACAUUUGGGGAGGAAAACAAAAUUGAAGAAAAUACAGUAUAUAGUGGCUAAGUGUUGCAAACAUGGUGAGCAAAGAUGAAAGGAAUCUAGCAAGAGUGUUUAGCAGAAUAACCAAGUAGAAGUUUUGUUUAGAUUUGGUUUUUGACUUUGUUGAGAUGCUUUCUCACUAUGCUGCCCAGUUGGUCUUGAACUCCUAGACUCCAGUGACCCUCUAGCCUCAGCCUCCUGAGUGCUGCCUCUCCUGACCCAAGCAGUUUUUUCAAAAAGGAAGCACAAUUACAAUGCUGAAAAGAAUAGUUAGUAUGCAGAAAUGCUUUCUUACUAGGGAUUUUUCUUAAUUAAAAAAAAAAAAUAAAUAAAAUUUAAAAGGAGCAAUAAAUUGCCUUUGGCCUAAGUGCUCAGGGGCAUAAAAAACCUUGAAUGAAUCUUUCCAAUCAAUUCACAUUUUAUCAGGUUCCUUUCCAAAAAAGGGAAUUUGUGGAACUUUGCAAAAACAGAAAAUUCUUAAACAGUUAAGAAAAGACUUGGAUAUACUUUAUGUAGCUGAAGGAAGAGCAUGUACAAUAGUGAUCUUCAAGAAAAGAGAAAUUUUAGCAAGUGAUAGACACCGGCGAUAGAUAUCCCUGAGACUAGAAUAGGAAAGUCUUCAGUGUGAAGGAUUUAUACUAAUUCUGGGAAGGAGGAUUUUACAGUGAAAAAUUCAUCAUUGGGAUUGAUAAUCAUAAGGAAAAUAUGUUUUCUUAAAUUAACGUUAUUGGUGAGCUAGCAAGCAUUAAGUGGCAAAAUAUCUUAAAAUAUCUUACAAUAAUGUGUUAUCAUUAUGGGAAGCUAUAAUCCUAUGAUUUAUUUUUUAAAAUACAUUAUAGUUUUAUUGAUAGUCAUAAAGUAUUUUAUCCUUUGAAAUAGGAUAGUAAUCUUACUUUCUCCAACAUAUUGGGUUUAAAAAGCUUUUGUUGGUAUUAUUUUUCCUCCCAGCUAUAUUUCAUAAGAUCUUUAAAGUUAUCUAGAAUGUAGCAGUUUUGCUACAAAAAGCCUCAAUUGUUGGAAUCUUAAAAAAAAAAAUCUCCUCAGGAAUACUUCAAAAAGAAAAGGUAUGCAAUCCCUCAGGGGAGACAAGUACCUCUUGAAUUUUAUCUUUACUUUUAAGAAUCUUCAAGCUUUAUGGUUGGCUUUUCCUAUCCUGUGGAAAUAAAACAGAUAAAUCCUGCUAUUUUGAAAAGGCUAAAACAGUGGUCCAACAAAAUAGCUAAGAUGUAAGAAUUUUCUGAUCUACUAUAUUAAAUAAAAUUCUCUCCAAUUCUCAAAUUAAGAUUACAAAAUAAGAAAAUGAAGAAAUGAAAUAUAUUUUCUACUGGAAUAAGAAUGUCACAUUUUGUUGACAUACUCCAGUUAGUCAAAAGACAUAAUGUGUCUCUGAGAAAGACAUCUGGAGAAGCUGAUGGAUUUUCAGGAAGGAACAGUACUGGUUCAAUCCAGGGAUGCCACAAAUACAUUGAUAUUGUAGAUAGACCUAGAUUUGAAAGCAACUCUUGGGGGUAAAUUUCCCAUUUUAAAAAGUUCAUUCUCUGAUUUUUGUUGUUGUUAUUUAUAAACCAGAGUGAUUUAAAAUAAUUCUGCACUUAAGAUUGCAAAUAUUUUACAGAAUAUGUUUUCAAAUAAAGGGAACAUAAUUUUCCAGAAAGCCAUCAAACUGAAGUCAUGAUAGAUAGCAUGAUCAGUGCUGAUUCUGACAAAUCAUUUUUUACCUUAAAAUCAAUUUGUAUGGACAUAUGAGAAUAAAUACUCCUGAGUGACCUUUUCCAUUCUCUGUAACAAUGCUCCCAGAUGAGUUGUGUCUGAAAUUAAUUUCACCUUUAUUUAGAUGCCAAUUUUACUACCAUAGUUCCUGAUGUAUUGCAUUUGUAGGUUGGCUCCAUUAACACCUGAAAGACUUCAUCUAGACAUCUCUUUCAUCCUAUUACUCAAAGUAUACUUGAAAGAGGUAUUUAGUGUUGAGAUAUGUUCCUCAGCUGAGAAUUUUCUAGAAAUGGUAUUCUGUUUAAGAAGAGGAGAAACAAUGAACUGCCAUUAGCGUAAGGCAAGAGUACACAGAGGUACACAGUGUAAGAUGUUUGCAUGAGAUAGUUCACACCAUAUAAACCUUCCCAUAUCCCUGAUAUGAACACUCUAGAAAUCUUAUUUCUCCUGUGAUCUCCCCAUUAGGAAUGUAAGGAGAUUGCCACCUGUACCUGGUCUCCUUUCCAUAUUGAAAUGCAUGGCUCUACUCUUCAAUGUAUUUUUAUCCCUUUCCUCUGGAGUUAUUUAAAUUUUGCCCUAUUUAAACUGAAGCCUGGAUAAACUGCUGAACCAGAUUAUUUCUGAGAUUGGCGUUUAAUUGCUAUACAACACUUGUCGAGAACUUAUUUUUAUUUUAACUUUCUUCCUUUCAGAAUUACUCUCUGGUAAUCAUGACUCUAAUCAAAACACUAAGAAGUAAACCUGUGUGUUUACUUUUUUAGUGUGAGUGUAUGCCUUUCUUUAAAAAAAAAAUCAUUUUAAAACGAAGAUCAGAGACCUUAUAAAGUAAAAGGGUAUGUCAUCACUAUGUUGAAAAAUCAUUAUUCGGUGACAGUGGAGACACAGAGUAAAUGUGGGGUUCAUAGAUAUGGUUUAGAAGCAAGUCAUAGAGGAAAUGCAUCAUUUUAACGUCAUCACCACAGAAUUUUUAAGCUCAAUGGUUUUGACUGUUAGAGUCAACAAUUCUUUGGAAAUCUUUUAUGACAUUUUUGUAAUCUACUCAAUGUUUUUAUUUGCAUGAUUACGCAUAUACAGUGACCCAAACAUAAUUCCCACAUUGUAUUCCUUUCCAGUGUUUACAUUGGUGUCAUGCGUGGCCAACCCUGAUUUGUACACUGUCCGAUUAUUGUUGUAAUGAUUCAGCUUUCCUGCAUUUAAUUGCAGUUUAUUAUUAUGCCUUUUGGGGUUAAAUGAUGUGAAGUGUUCCACCUAAUAAUACAGUAUGGAAACAUAACUAAAUGACUGAUCUAAGGAACUUUUGUUGGCAAAUUAUUUUUAAAAGUCCAAAUUUCAAAGGAAACAUUCUCAGACACAUGCAUUUGUUUUAAAUUUGAAAAAAAUCCUUAUGAAUUUAUUAUUGCUUCCUUUUUAUUUUUUUACUGUAGACAAUCCUAAGUGAAUGUCUCAUGGGAGAAUCCCUACACCAUGUGCUUGUGUUUGUGUAACUGAUCAUGCACUCAAGGGUUGAGAAAGGCACUCCAGUGCUAAGAAAGUAACCAGAAGCCGAUAUAUCGAUUCUUAUACCUUGGUUUAUGUUAACGACUGAAUAUUGUGUAAUGCAUAACUUUUUUCAGUAAAUAAACUGGUUACCUUUUGUUCAUUUCA